AAAAAACACUCGUCACCCAAGUAGAAAGCAGUCAACCUCAUCAACCCAAGAACAAAAGCACCCAUCGCCACCCUCCGUUUCCUGCAUCAUCAUGCACGAUCAACGGCUGAUAUCCUGAAUGUGCAAACUCUCAUAAUCCCCCCUGCUUCUUCUUCAGAGAUUCCCCACUCCUCCUUUCCUCCAGAGCGGGUCCCACCCAUUUCCUCUCUCACUGGUCACUUCUUCUUCUUCUUCCUCUUCACUAACUAAAACCCCAAAAACCUCACAGCAGUCAAAACUAACUCAACCAAACUCUCUCGAAGCUGGCAUUGAUGGAGGAGAGGCCGGAGACGGAGCUGAUAUCCAUCCCGGCGACGCCGCGCGCGUCGACGCCGGAGAUACUGACGCCGUCGGGGCAGAGGUCGCCGCGGCCGCCGUCCAAGGAGGCCAAGUCCUCGACGGCGUGGACGCCGACGUCGUUCAUCUCGCCGAGGUUUCUGAGCCCCAUUGGGACGCCGAUGAAGAGGGUGCUGGUGAACAUGAAAGGUUACCUGGAGGAAGUUGGGCAUCUCACCAAGCUCAACCCGCAGGACGCCUGGCUGCCCAUUACCGAGUCCAGAAAUGGGAACGCUCACUACGCUGCCUUCCACAACCUCAACGCCGGCGUUGGGUUCCAGGCCCUCGUCUUGCCCGUCGCUUUCGCUUUCCUUGGCUGGAGCUGGGGAAUACUGUCCUUGACCAUAGCCUAUAUCUGGCAAAUGUACACGUUGUGGAUUCUAGUCCAGCUUCAUGAAGCAGUUCCAGGGAAGAGAUACAACAGAUAUGUUGAGCUCGCUCAAGCUGCGUUUGGUGAAAGGUUGGGCCUUUGGCUUGCAGUCUUCCCAACUGUAUACUUAUCAGCUGGAACUGCAACAGCUUUGAUUCUCAUAGGAGGAGAGACCAUGAAACUGUUCUUCCAAAUAGUUUGUGGACCGAUAUGUACAUCGAAUCCCCUCACGACAGUCGAGUGGUACCUCGUGUUCACUACUCUCUGCAUCGUUCUGUCUCAGCUUCCGAAUCUCAACUCAAUCGCUGGACUCUCUCUCAUUGGUGCCAUAACAGCCAUCACUUACUCCACAAUGGUGUGGGUGCUCUCUGUUAGCCAGCAGAGGCCACCUACAAUCUCGUACGAACCUCUUUCACUACCGUCUUCCACUGCAUCUGUCUUCUCUGUUCUGAAUGCCCUCGGAAUCGUGGCCUUUGCAUUCAGGGGCCACAAUCUUGUUCUCGAGAUUCAGGCAACAAUGCCGUCUACCUUCAAGCACCCAGCUCAUGUGCCAAUGUGGAGAGGAGCUAAGGUUGCAUACUUCUUCAUAGCAAUGUGCUUGUUUCCUGUUGCAAUUGGUGGCUUCUGGGCCUAUGGUAACCUUAUGCCAUCAGGAGGAAUUCUGAAUGCCCUUUAUGGCUUCCACAGCCACGACAUCUCGCGAGGGCUUCUAGCAAUGACAUUCCUCCUAGUUGUAUUCAACUGCUUGAGCAGCUUCCAGAUAUACUCAAUGCCGGUAUUCGACAGCUUCGAGGCCAGCUAUACGAGCCGGACGAACCGGCCAUGCUCGAUCUGGGUCCGAUCAGGGUUCCGGGUCUUCUACGGAUUCGUCAACUUCUUCAUAGGAGUGGCACUGCCAUUCCUGUCAAGCCUUGCUGGUCUUCUGGGAGGAAUGACGCUCCCAGUCACAUUUGCAUACCCAUGCUUCAUGUGGAUUCUCAUCAAGAAGCCCACCAAGUACAGCUUCAACUGGUACUUCAACUGGAUCCUGGGCUGGCUUGGGAUUGCAUUCAGUCUGGCCUUCACCAUUGGAGGUGUUUGGAGCAUGGUCAACAGUGGACUCAAGCUCAAGUUCUUCAAGCCAAGUUAGAACAGAAGGUGGCUUUGUUGUAAUCUCCUCGAUCGCCCUUAGGCGAAUGUUGUAGAUUUGAGUUUUGUGUUUUGAUAAUUGCUGUUGUGCUUGUAAUCAACUGGUGGACUGUGACUUAGUUAAUUCAUGAUUAUCAUAUUGCUCGCUGGCUUAAAGCUCAAGGUUUGAAUUCAAAGGAA